AUGAAGCUUAACUUCGCCUAUCCGGCGACUGGCCAGCAAAAGACAGUUGACUUCGAAGAUGAGAAGAAAUAUCGCAUCUUCUAUGAGAAACGUAUGGCUCAAGAAGUUGAGAUCGACUCUCUUGGAGACGAGUGGAAGGGAUAUGUUGUUCGUAUCGGAGGUGGUAACGAUAAGCAAGGUUUCCCCAUGAAACAAGGAGUUCUCACCAACGGACGUGUUCGUUUACUUCUCAAGAAGGGACAAUCUUGCUACCGUCCCCGCAAGACCGGAGAGCGUAAGAGAAAGUCCGUUAGAGGAUGCAUCGUUGAUGCUAACAUCUCUGCUCUUAAUCUUGUCGUUGUCAAGAAGGGAGAUCAAGACAUCGAAGGUCUUACUGAUACCGUUCUUCCUCGCAGACUUGGACCUAAGAGAGCCUCUAAGAUCAGAAAGCUCUUCAACCUCACCAAGGAAGAUGAUGUCACUAAGUACGUCAUUACCCAUGAAAAAACAUUGAAGUCAGGAGCUGUUAAGGUUAUUGGACCCAAGAUUCAAAGACUCAUCACUCCCACUGUUAUCAACAGACGUAAGAAGCUUUUGAACAAGAAGAAGGCUCAACGUGUGAAGUCCCGUGAGGAAGCUGCUGCUUAUCACAAGCUUAUGACCAAGUACGCCAAGGAGAGAAAAGACGAGAAGGUUGCACGUAGAAGAUCCUCUGCUUCUCGCUCAUCUGAAUCUGAGGCUAAGAAGACCACCAGCAAGAAGUAA